AACGGUUUGUUAUCCGUAUUUUUUACUAUCUAAAGUAAACUUUCCCGCGGACAAAUGAAAGCAGAAUGAACGAGCAAAAACCCUCAAAACGACUGGAUCUCCAAGGCAUUCGGGCUCUUGCUAUUCUAGUGGUACUUGGCUUUCACUUCUACCCGGAGUUUUUCCCAAAUGGGUAUCUAGGAGUUGAUCAAUUUUUCGUGCUCUCCGGAUUUCUAAUGUGUAUGCUGCUGAAGCGAGCUGAGAAUCAAUCGGCGUGCUCUUUAGUGACUCUGUUUUAUUCGAAACGAUUCAAGAGAAUCCUUCCACUAUAUCUACUUAUUAUCCUUAUUUCUAUGAUUUGUCUCUACAAUUUCUUCCCUGACACAGCUAUUGAGACGAAUAAGGAGUCUGCUCUUCACGCGUUGCUUUUUGUGUCAAACAGAGCAAAGUCAGUACAAGAAGACUAUUUUCAGAUGCUCUCUAUCGCAGUCGACAUCUUUACACAUACCUGGUCACUCUCAGUGGAAAUUCAAUUUUAUUUUCUGGUUCCUUUCAUCUUCCUCCUAUCUACAAAUAUACCAGAGAAGCUGCAAUAUGGGUACUAUGGAGUCAUAGGUUUAAUUUCCCUGGUGUAUUUCUACUCAGUGCCAGGAACUGUGGCGUUUAAUAGUGUUUUUGCGAGGAUUUGGCAGUUCAUGAUUGGUAUGGUAGUCUAUCUUCUUGGAAGUUCAAAACCUACAUAUCCACACUAUCGAGUGCUCAGCAACCUGGAUGACGAGGAAGAAGACUGCAAGAAACUUCUCAUAGACGAGGAGAGUCAGGAAUUCUGUCCAAAAGAGAAAUUCAGCGAGAUUUUGAAAUUUUCUCAACCAGGGGCAUAUGUUGGUCUUGUUAUUUUACUGGUAAUAACUGUUUUCCCAUUUGCUCUACCGCCAGGGUUUGUGAGACCCUUCGUAACAAUGGGCACUGGGUUCCUCAUGCUGCUCUCUGAGGACAACCUGAUACUAUCAAAUAGAAUACUAGCCUAUAUCGGAGACAUUUCAUAUUCCUUAUACCUAAUUCACUGGCCAAUUUAUGCGUAUUGGAAGCUAACUUGCAAUGGGAAUCAGAUUUUACUCGCAGUUGCGCUGGCUUCUUCUGUAAUCCUCGCUGUAAUCACAUACGAAACUUUUGAAAAAUGCUAUCUCAAAUUAUCUUCAACAAAUGUUGGGCUCCUAGUGGUUCUACUAUUCAUUCUAAACGUGGUAGUAAUUCAAAAAGACGACAUAUCAGAUCACAACGACUCAAUCGGAAGAAACUUCACCAGUCUUGACAAUUUGACAGAUGACAUGACAUUUGAUGACGCUGAAAAGUUAAACUAUCGAUGGACAGUCAAUGACAACAAAAACCUAUUUGCUCCUACGUGUGUAUAUGAAAGUGUGGGAACUCCGCUGGGAUGGUGUCGGCACACGGGACUCUCGAAAUCCGGAAAAUACAAAAUGGCCACCAUUGGAAAUAGCUGGACAGCUAAUCACGCAAAAAUGUUCUAUCAAGAGUGUGGACGGAAGGCAAAAAGCAUAAUGCAAGGAGCUGCCUAUGGUUGUGAACCGUUCUACCCCAGCACUCAAAGUGCUACUUGCAAGUCAAAUUUUACGGAUUUCGAAGAACAUAUACGGCAGGAGAAGCCGGAUUAUGCGUUUAUCUUUACGCGAUACAUUUCCAUCGGCGCUCCAUUUGCGAAAAACGUUUCCAGUUUCGAAAACGAUGAAGUUUACCUGACGAUGAAGGGUCAAAUGCUAAAACUGAUCUCCAAUAUCAAGUACAAACUAUACAUUUUGGAUGCAGUUCCACGUAUUGUUGGCGGCGCAAUUUUUAGAAUAGCUUCAUCUCUGAAAAAUGGGACGGAUCCAGUGAUUCUUGAUAAACAAUUAGUCGACUUCUCCGAGUACGAGAUGGCUCGAAAGCGGUACGCGCAACUAUUCCAGGACUGUAACGAAAAAUGUGUGCGGGUAGAUUAUGUGCCAGAAUUCUACAAUAAUGCAACCGGAACGUUUCGGUAUUUUGGCGAACGAGGAUUUUCGUUCGUGACGGGGCCAAUGCACCUAUCACCACAUGGAAUUGAAAAAGUUCGACAUGUAUGGAGAGAUAUUUGUGCCAAGUUAUAAAAUGUAUUUUAUUUAUUUAGUUUGGUUUUUUUGUUCUUUUUUUAAAUAUAAAAAAUAAAUGACUGAUUUCUUAAU